AUGUUCUUCGGUAGGCUUCUCGGCCUCGGUGCCGCGUACGUGGCCCUGGUCCGAGCCGUUGACCUCACGGGUUACGAGUACGUUGUCGUCGGUUCUGGUCCUGGUGGUGGUCCUCUUGCCGCACGCCUGGCGUUGGCCGGGCACAAGACCUUGCUCAUUGAAGCCGGCGACGACCAAGGGGCAAACAUCAACUACACGGUGCCCGCAUACCACGCCCGCGUCUCCGAGGAUGAGCAUUUGUCAUGGAACUUCUUUGUCCGCCACUACGCCGAUGAUGCUCGACAAGCGCGCGACUGGAAGACCAGCUACGACACACCCGACGGUGGCGUCUACACGGGCCUCAACCCGCCUCCUGGGUCGAAGAUGAAAGGCGUGCUUUAUCCUCGCACAGGCUCGAUGGGCGGCUGCAGUAGCCACAAUGCAAUGGUUAGCGUCUAUCCGCAGCGGUCCGACUUCGAGUAUAUGGCUACCCUGACCGGGGACAGUUCGUGGUCGCCCGACAACAUGCGCAAGUACUUCCAGCGGCUGGAGAAGAAGCAGUAUCUCCCCGGCCUGCCCAAGGGCCACGGCAAGGACGGCUGGCUCACCACGGAGUUGACCCCCCUUACCGUCCCGCUCAAGGACCCGCAACUCCUCGCUACCAUCACCGGCGGCGCCUUUGCCCUCGGUGAUCUCACCAACCAAGUCAUCAACAUCGGCACGCUGCUGGCGGGCGACCUCAACGCCGACAGCGAGCGUCGCGACCACAACCCACACUACUACCAGAUCCCCAUCGCCACCAACAACGGCGCCCGCACCGGCGCCCGCGAGUUCAUCGUCUCGGUCCGCGACGCCCGCAACAAGGACGGCAGCAAGAAGUAUCCGCUGGACGUCCGGCUCAACUGCCACGUCACGCGCGUCGUGUUCGACACCACGGUGUCCCCGCCGCGCGCCACGGGGGUCGAGUUCCUCGACGGCGCCCACCUCUACCGCGCCAGCCCGCUCAGCCGAUCCGCGCGGGCCGGCACCCCGGGGUCAGCCACGGCCUCGCGCGAGGUCAUCGUCUCGGGCGGCACCUACAACUCCCCGCAGAUCCUCCAGCUCUCGGGGGUCGGCCCGGCCGCCGAGCUCGCCCGCUUCGGCAUCCCCCUCGUGGCCGACCUCCCCGGCGUCGGCACCAACCUCCAAGACCACUACGAGACCGCCGUGACUGCCAAGGUCCCCAAGGACUGGCCCGCGCUGAAGGGGUGCACCUUCCAGUUCAACAACACCCACGACGCCUGCCUCGACCGCUGGCAGAACCCCGUGCUUGGCGACCGCGGCACGUACGCGUCGGCGGGCCUCUCCGUGGCCAUGCUCCACAAGUCGAGCGCCAGCGCGGACGGCAGCUUCGACACCUUCGUCUUCGGCGGGCCCGUCAACUUCGCGGGCUAUUACCCAGGCUACAGCUACGAUGCCAGUGCUGAGCAUAAUUGGUGGACAUGGGCUGUCCUCAAAUCACACCCCCGCAAUACUGCUGGCAGCGUGACGCUGCGAUCGGCCGAUCCACUCGACCCGCCCGACGUGCUGUACAACUACUUCGACACGGGCAGCGGGGACGCCGGCGCGGACCUGCAGGCCAUGUACGAGGCGAUCGAGCUGGCGCGGCGGGCGCUGCGCCGCCAGCCGGUGCGCACCAACGAGGUGCUGCCGGGGGCCGAGUUCAACACGCAGGAGGAGGUCGAGCAGUAUGUCAAGGAUGGCGCGUGGGGCCACCAUGCCAGCUCGACGUGCCCGAUUGGGGUAGAUGGGGAUCCGAUGGCCGUGUUGGACAGCCAGUUCCGCGUGCGUGGGGUGCAGGGGCUGAGGGUGGUGGAUGCGUCUGUGUUUCCGAGGAUUCCGGGGACUUUCACGGCUGUGUCGACGUACAUGGUGGCUGAGAAGGCGGCGGAUGAUAUCUUGAGCGCGGUGUGA